AUGGAGCUCAGCAUUGGCUCUAUCUUCAAGUACCUGUUCUACACCAUCGUAGGCUACAUCUUCGUUGGCUCGCCCAUUUUGCGAAUCUUCCUGGGUGGCCGGCCGCCGGCGCCAGAGUUUGAAAACUUCGUCAAGAGUGACCGUCUCGUCAUCCCCGACGAGAACCUGGUCUGCCCGGACUAUGGCUACAAUGUGCGUAUCCUCAGCAGGGAUCCGCUUGUCAUCUACAUUCCCGACUUCCUGAGCGCUGCAGAAGCAAAGCACAUGGUUGCUAUCAGCGAGGACAAGUUCAAGCCGUCGACCGUAUGGACUGGGGAAGAAGAGCGUCUUGACCCGAGCGUGCGCGUAUCUGAGAAGGCCGAGAUAGAGCGCGACGAGGUGGUGCAGUGCAUCGAAGAGCGUGCCCGCCUCUUCCAGGGCUGGCGCCCCUACACCUUCAUCGAAAAGCUGUGGACGCAGCGCUACGGACCCGGCGGCCACUACGUCCACCACUUCGACGGGCCUACCAACAUCGCCCGAGGCGGCCGCAUCUCCAGCUUCAUGGUCUACCUGGACGGCAACUGCACCGGCGGCGGCACCAAUUUCCCGCGCCUGGAGAUGCCCGCCGACAGGCAGUGGUGCGAGCUGCUCGACUGCGACGACACAGAGAACGAGGGCAUCACCUUCAAGCCCAUCGCCGGCAACGCUGUGUACUGGGAGAACUUCCGGCCGGACGGGUCAGCGUACGAGGAGGCGUGGCAUGCCGGACUUCCGGUGCGGACGGGCACCAAGAUUGGCCUGAACAUCUGGAGCUGGUACCAGCCCGGGUAUGACCCGAAAGCUGUCUCGCACGACGAGCAGCCAUCCGAGCUGUGA